AGGCUUUAUUAUUGCUGUCAAGUUCCUCUGUAGAUGCGUCAGCUCGACAUUGAUUUUGUGUUUAAAAUGUGUGGGAAACACAUUAUUUGGCUACUCUCGACAUAUAACUUUUGAAAAUCUAACAAAAAAUAAAAAAAAAUUUAUAAAUUACUUUUGUGAAAUUGUAAAAUAUUUAAGUAACUAAUUUUUCCAGUUGAAUGUGAAGAUGCAGGCGCAUCAUGCAAUGCCCGAUUUCCGGUGCCGGAACAACUGUCAACACAAGGAAUGUCAACGUCAUGCACCGUUGGGCAUUAUUGACCAGCACACACAAUGCAAGUGCCUGGGCGAGGUGAAUGCCUCAUCGAUAUUCCUGGAGAAUGUACUGGAUUUGGCCAACACAUUGGCGCAGAUCAUGAUUAUAUGUGGCCUGCACGAAUGCAAAGCUAAAUCCACUGUUGAUAUUAUAACUUAUGCGUUCCUGCAUUAUGAUCAAGUUUGUUAUUGCAUCGAUACGGUUCCAAAGAAGCGACUGCGAAAGGAGGAUUUGUUUCACGAGCUGGGCAAAAAGUCGCUAAUGAAUAAGGUGGAGGCACACUUGGCCUACAGCAUUAUCAAGCGUGGCUUUAAGGCCUUUUACUAUGAACCCAAAGAGGAGCUAACCUACGAUGAUCAAGGCAGGCCGAGCUAUAAUGAUGAAUGUGUUUGGGUUCAUGCCGCCCGCAAGUCGGCGGAAAGUUUUGCUCGUUUCGAUGGUCUGUCUUGCAACGAACAGAUGGCAUAUGAGGCCAAAAUAAAGGUGGCCUAUAAGAAGUACUAUGAUCGUAUGCAGACUCGCAAACGGCAGCCAGAGGGUGAUGAUUGCAAUUGUUGUUUCUGUGCCAAGAAACGUGGUCAUCUUGUUUACGCUAAGGAACCGGUGCCUUGCAGCACAAAGCGCAAGCCCAAACAUGUCUGUCCUUACUGUUGCAAGAAGAAGCAGAAACAACAAUACACUCACCCAGCCCGACAACAGGCCAAGUGCCCCAAGUGCCACAAGUCCCGCAAAUUCUGUUGCUGCACCAAAAUGGACUUCAAUCUUCAAUGGGUCAAGAGUAUCUGGGAUCGGCCCGACUUCAAUCAAUAUUACAAGAACGAAAUUGCCGAGAUCGAAGAGCGUCUGGUCAAAGGCUCAUGCUGGUUGCCUCCAGAGCCAAUUGCUGGCGAUGCGAUGGAAGCCGAAGAUGUCGAAGAGGAGGAAAUGGUUUCACCCGAAACUCAAUUGGCUCUCGCUGGCAAAAAUGUGGCACGUUUAACCAAAGAAGGCGAAGAGGAAGAUGCGGCAGUUUCCGAAGCGGCUGCUGAGCCUCAGGAAGAGGCCAAAGAAGGAGAGGAAUAAGUGGACAGUACAGCUUUAAAAUAUAAUAUUGCCAAAGUAUCAAAAGUCGUCGUAAAUUUAUUUAAGUGAAAACAAAUAUAAUUUUUAAUAAAAUCAAAGUAUCAAUUAAA